CACUCCUGCUGGGGCUGGUUGUAUAAACCACUAAGACUAGUCUUACAAGUUUGUCAUCCGAUUAUUAGAUAGAUAGAUAGAUAGAUAGAUAGAUAGAUAGAUAGUGUUGUUUGCUUCCUGUAGCCUAUUCUAGUAACAAACUUCAGCACAGACAAUGCUGACGUUUUAUUACUGACAAAUAUUGUGUCAUAACUUUCCCCACCUUGGUCUGAAGACAGCUUAGAUAUUUUAUACAGACAAAUAUUAUUGUGUCAUAACUUCUCCCACCCGGCGCUCAAAUUCGCACGUGCGCGCAGCCGCUUAUCAGAUUUCUCCUACACUCAUUUUUCUUUUAAACAAUCACGUGAGAUAAACAACACGCCCAUUGCUGGUGGCUAUAAAUGAUGAGGAUGAUGGUGAUGCUGAAAGAGAACAAGGCAGGAGAGUUUUCUUACUGUUAGCUCGUUCAUCAGAAACCGCGUCAGCUAUGAGUGACCCGCGCUUUCCUGUCGACGUCAGUCUUAUCGGAGUAAUGAAGAAGGACAAGGACAAAAAAUACAUGGCAUCUGUGCUAUGGUCAGACCAGAGUGAGCUGAUAGUGUAUCGAUCCUUCCUAGACUUCAAAACGCUCCAUAGGCAGUUAAAAAAGAAGUUUCUUGUGGAAAACCAUUUUCGUAAAGGAGAUAGAGUGCUUCCCAGAUUUGGAGCCCAGUUCUUGACGACGUCGUUUCAGUUGAAGGGUCUGGCUAAGUCAGUGUCUCGUCUGAGGAAUCUGGAGAAGUACUGUUCCAACCUAUUGCAGUGUGACACGGCUGUGUCACAUUCCACAGAAGUCAUUCAGUUCUUUCUGCCUACUGAGCAGGAGCUUCUGCCAGAAUAUACCCAAAACAGUGUGAUGAUUCUGCAAUCAAACAGCAUCCCAACUGUCAACGGAGGACCUGACUUGGCAAAUAAACAUCUGAGCAAUGGCAAUGUGACCCAGCCUUUUGUGUCCAAGGCAUAUCGAUGUGUGGCUCCAUAUGAGACCAAAGAUACAAAGAACAAGCCCUUUAAAGUAGCUGUGGAUGAAAGACUGGAUGUGCUCAUCAAAGACAAAGCAGGUUGGUGGCUUGUCGAGAAUGAGGAUAAACGUCUAGCUUGGUUUCCCGCUCCCUACUUGGAGUUAUGUGAUGAGGAAGAAGAAGAGGACGAGGAUGAGUCUGACUUACCUACAUUUGAAAUGUCUCUGUACUGCGCUACAAGAAGUUACACAUCUAAAAAAGAGGACGAGCUCUCUCUGAGCAUUGGCGCUGUUGUGGAGGUGUUACAGAGGUCUGAUAAUGGCUGGUGGCUUGUUAGAUAUAACAGAAAGGCAGGCUAUGUGCCCUCCAUGUACCUGAAGCUCUACAGCAGCCCCAGCUUUGGCCUUCAGACUCUUCAGAAGAAACUUCACAGCUCCACUAUCAACCUGUCCACCAGCAACUCUUUCAAACUGGAGCCUCAGGUCCACUCACAAAACAGAAUGAAUAGUUUCCUUAACUCCAACUCUCUGGAAAUACUGUCAGAGCCCCAGAGCCAGAACACCUAUCCAGUACAGCAUGAGGAGUCUGGCAGCUUCAGCGAUGAUGGAACUGACUUCAGCUUCAGUUCCUCGGACACCACCUCUAUGAGCCCAAGCAUGUCCAGCUCAGAGGGGGAUGAGGGCCUGAGACAGCAGGAUAAAGAGCCAGACAGCAUUGAUAGUGAUAUGUCUAGUGGCCAGUCCAGCCCCACCAGCUCAGAUACUGGCCACCCUAUGAAAGGAGUUGAAGCUCCCAGGGUACCACCCCGACCACAAACUCAAGAGAUUCUACGUCGCUGCACGACCUACACCCGUAAAGCUGCUCUGGCAACCUCUGCACGAAUUGUGACUAAUGUUUGAGUAUAAGAUAAUACAAUUUUAAUCUGUGCUCAUUAUAAUCUCUUGUAAUCCUUUUUGGGGCUAUAUAUAUAUAUAUAUAAUUUUUGGGGGGGGCUAUAUUGUAUAUAUAUAUAUGUAUAUAUCUUUCUUUCUCAAAUGAAAUGUAAUAACCGGUUGAAGGUAGUUACAUUGUACAUAUUUAAAGGAUUGUUUUCACAGUUUUAUUUUUUCAUUAACAUUAUAUUCAGACUGUUAUAUUUUUGUCUUGGAGUUAAUGGUAUUCCAUACUGGAAAAAGUUUUUUAUCUGGACUUUUGCUUAUAUACCUGCAUACGUUUCAAUAAAUGUUUUGACUGCA